CACACACGCAUGCUGCUGUUAUGGCUCAGAGACCUGUGCCGACGUUUCCAGCAGGUCCCCCGCCGCGUCACCUGCUGCCAGGCGUCCCGGGACGCGAAGACCAGCAGAGCAGGGUGGGAAGAAAAGGGCACAAACGGUGUGAAGUGGAGGCAGCUGGAACACAAGGGCCCCUACUUCACCCCUGCCUAUGAGCCGCUUCCUGACAGCGUACGUUUCCUCUAUGAUGGAAAGCCAGUGAAACUGAGCUUGGCAGCGGAGGAGGUUGCCACUUUGUACGGGAAAAUUCUGCAUCUCGAGUGUACGACCAAGGAAGUCUUCCAGAGGAACUUCUUCAGCGACUGGCGGAAGGAGAUGACAGCUGAGGAGAGGAAGCUUAUCACACACCUUGACAAAUGUGACUUCACGGAGAUCCACAGGCACUUCGUGGAAAGAACUGAGGCCCGCAGGACCCUGCCCAGGGAGCAGAAGCAGAAACUAAAAGAAGAGGCCGCAAAGCUGCAGCAGGAGUUUGGCUACUGCAUCUUAGAUGGCCACAGAGAAAAAAUAGGCAAUUUCAAGACAGAGCCACCCGGCUUGUUCCGUGGCCGAGGUGACCAUCCCAAGAUGGGGAUGCUGAAGAGAAGAGUCAUGCCAGAGGACGUGGUCAUCAAUUGCAGCAGGGAUUCCAGGAUUCCCGAGCCCCCCGCUGGCCACCAGUGGAAAGAAGUACGCUCAGAUAACACAGUCACGUGGCUGGCUGCGUGGACGGAGAACAUCCAGAACUCCUCCAAGUACAUCAUACUGAACCCCAGCUCCAAGCUGAAGGGGGAGAUGGAUUGGCAGAAGUAUGAGGUAGCCCGACGCUUGAAGGGGGUUGUCGACAAGAUCCGCGCUCAGUAUCAGGUGGACUGGAGGUCCCCAGAAAUGAAGAAAAGGCAGCUGGCUGUGGCUCUUUAUUUUAUUGAUAAGCUGGCACUGCGAACAGGAAAUGAGAAGGAAGAGGGGGAGACAGCUGACACCGUGGGCUGCUGCUCGCUCCGUGUGGAGCAUGUCCGGCUGCACGAAAAGGCAGAUGGCCAAAAGCAUGUUGUGGAGCUGGACUUCCUGGGGAAGGAUUCUAUCCGCUAUAAUAACCGUGUGCCGGUGGAAAAGCUUGUGUUCCAGAAUCUUCAGGACUUCAUGAAGGACAAAGACCCGAGGGACGACCUGUUUGAUGCACUGACUACUGCCAGCCUGAACAAGCACUUGCAGGACUUGAUGGAGGGGCUGACAGCCAAGGUGUUCCGGACCUACAAUGCCUCCAUCACUCUGCAGGAGCAGCUGCGGGUGCUGACCAGGGCUGACGACAGCCUAACCUCCAAAGUCUUAGCUUACAAACGGGCGAACCGGGCUGUGGCUGUCCUCUGUAACCACCAGAGAGCAAUCCCCAAGACCUUCGAGAAGUCAAUGCAGAAGCUCCAGCAAAAGAUUGAGGCCAAGCAGGCCCAGGUGACUGAGGCCCAGGUGGAGCUGGAGCAGGCCAAGGCUGACCUUAGAACACGAGGGGAGAACAAGCCCAGAAGUUUGCUGCAGAAGCAGCGGCGGCUGCUGAAGGUGGAAGAACAGCUGGCCCGACUGCGCGCGCAGGCCACAGACAAGGAGGAGAACAAGCAGGUGGCGCUGGGCACCGCUAAGCUCAACUAUCUGGACCCCAGGAUCAGCAUUGCCUGGUGUAAGAGGUUCGGAGUGCCCAUAGAGAAGAUCUACAGCAAGACCCAGAGAGAGCGGUUCGCCUGGGCCUUUGAGCGGGCAGACGAAGACUUUGAAUUCUAAGCCACCCCUUGUCCCUGACACUUUCUCACUGUGAAGCAAUGCUGUCGUUUUCUGUAAUAAAAUUUUGGGGGACAGUGUCUGUUGUGGCCUAGAACAAAGGCCCCAACAGCCUGUCCUUGGAAGCAA